AUGAGAAUAGUUGAGAUGGCGAUUAGACAUGGGAUGAAGAGGGCCAAACCUAUUUUUUCGAUGGAUGUGCAUGGUGCUAUGAUUGCCACGUGCUCACUGGAGGGCGAAGUCAAUGUAUGGGACGACAAAUGCAGAUUGUCUAAGACUAUCAAGAAGCAUACAGGAGCGGUUCUUUGCAUCCGCUUCAAUAAUGAUGGGAAGCUUCUUGCAUCUGGAGGAGAUGACAGGAUGGUAUUUGUUUACACAAGCGAUGGCGAUGUUGUAUACUCAGCAUCUGAGCAUGAAAGUGAUGUGAGCAAUGUGAUGUGGACAGAUAGGUUCCUUAUUAGUGCGGGAUAUGAUGGAUGGGUUGUGCUCCAUGACUUGAAGACAUUCUGUGUUAUAAAGAAAAUGCAUUCGCAUGAAGGACAGAUAAAAGGAAUAUACAUUGAUAAGAAUCAUAAGUACAUGUGUACGCAAGGUGAGGAUGGGAUUGUUCUGUAUAAAGACUACGAGGUUGUUAAGAAGAUGGAUGCAUCGAAGGAAAUGAUUCUUGAGUCUUUUUUUUCAAGAAUGGGAUGCUCGCCUGAUGGCAGGUUCUUUGCAUCUGGGCUAUCGUUCAAUACGAAGUGCAAUAGUGUAGAGGUGUUUGAUUGUGAAUUGAAAAGUGAGUGCUCGCUUAUUGGGCAUGCAGCGCCGUGUGAAGCAGUUGCAUUUAAUCCAAAUGUAUAUGUGGCAAGUAAAAGAUAUUAUGUAAUGGCAGUGUCUUCUCAGGACUUAAGCUUGUCGUUGUGGACAUCGUUAUCUGUAAAGCCAUUUGUGUUGAUCAAGAACCUGACAAAACUGCCUGUGUUAGAUAUGUGUUGGGACAAGAAAGGAACAAAACUUUAUGUGUGCUCAUACAAUGGAGAGGUGAUGAAGAUUGAGUUUGAUGAAGGAGAGCUGGGAGGCGUAGGCGAGGGUUUUGAUGAGGAGGAUGAAGGAAUCAUGUUUUCGGUGGAAUCUAAGGAGAUGCUUUCCAAGACCUCUCUGAGUGUUGAAGACAAGCAUCCAGAGAAUAAUAAAAAGGUGAAGAAGAUAGUGAAGCCAGUGCUAAUAUUGAGUGAAUCAGUAGAUGGAGAACCAACACUGAAUGGUGUAGAAAUGCUCACAGAUCUCUCACAUCUUGUGAUGUUUAAUUAUACAAGCAAUAGGAUGAUUGAGAAGACAUUAUGCCAGACUCUAUCACGCGUAUUUGGAGAUUUUAGUAUUGAACUGAAUGCUGACAGGAACUGCGUGUGUGUUAAACGAAGAGGAAUUGAGUUCUAUAGAAUACAUGGAAGAAUAGAACUGGUGUGUGUUAGUGACAAGUACCUCUGUGUGUACACAGGAUGUAUUCGAGUGUAUGAUUUGAAGACAGGUGUGCUGGCUAUGCCAUUCAUAUGCUCUCAUCAUGUUGUGAUGAUUGAUAUACUCAGGAAUGACGUACUCUACUUGCAAUCUGAUGGCACAUUUACAGUAUUUUCGAUGCGCAAGCGCAGAGCAUAUUUGAGCGGAUUACUUCCGAGACUUGAUAUGUUUGUAUCUAUGCGGUUGGAUAGGAAAUAUUUCCUUAUUGCUGUAUUUGGUGAUGAAGAGUAUUUUUUUUCAAAGAAGUGCAAAGUGUGGUUUUCAAAGACUCCUAAGUACAACACAGUGUGGUCUAAGGACACUGAAAUAACCGAAGAUCGAGAUGAAAGUCUGGAAUGUCUUGAGAAUGAGUUUUUUGUGGCACAUACUGCAAAUGACACUAGAGAAAUGAAGAUUACAGUAGAAAAGACCAUAAAGGCAGUGUGUAGGAUGAAAAAGACAACAGAUCAUGUGGAGGCACGGCUUGGAAGUAUGAUCAGAGCAAUGAUUGGAGCAGGGGAGAAGGACUACACAAUUCGCAUGUUAGAGAAACUCAAUACUAACUAUUCAUUCCAGCCAUUUGUUUUUUCGAUUCUGAGGGAGAUUGGAAGAAUGUAA